ACUACUAUGUGUUCUUAGUAGAAUAUUUUAGGAUAAUUAUGGUUGAAUCUCCUAACUUCUACAAAGCAUAUGGCCCAGUACUAGCUGCUUUACAGUCCUAUAACAUGAAAGAUCUACCAAUAAAGGAUACUGUUGUUAGAUGUGAGAACAGUGGUCCUCCAUUGAACCUGGAGUCCAACAGAAUAAUACUUGAUCCGUUUAUUGAACCUGACUCUAAUCUCACAUCUGGAGAACCAUCAGUUUCUCCGGAUGAUCUUGAAUUUGUCAAUACGUCAUCAGAUUCUUCUGAAGAUUCUUCCGAAGAUUCUUCACAACCCACAGUCGCUUCAACAGUAAGGCCUAGAAAUAGGUUGAAUCCGCCAGCCAAACCUAUUUCUUCAUUACCGAAGUUAAAGCGCUCCAAUAUUCCAUUUAUCUCAUCAAACAACCUCAAGCUCAAGGUAUAUAACUUAAUUUAAUCUGAAGAAAUUGAGUUUUUGACAGAAACUAAAGUU